AUAAAAAGCAGGUAGCUAUUAAAAAAAAUCAAGGUUAUUAAAAUUUUCAAUGCCAAAAAUAUCGAACAAAAUUUGUUAUUGUUACAAUUUUCAUUAAGUGGUGAACGUGGUAAAGUACUCAGGUGCAUUUCUUAUAGCAUUCGAGCUCGGGCACAUUGAGCGAGUGAGUACAGUGACUAUAGUUAAUUUGAAAAUGUCAACCAAAUCCGCGAGCGAAAUUCUGGCUACGGCCAGAAACUCCUUUAACAACGGCAAGACCAAGUCGAGGGAGUUCAGAGAGAAACAACUUCGGGCUCUUUUGCGACUCUACGACGAAAACGAAACAGAAAUUAUUGAAGCGCUAGCCGACGAUCUUAAGAAACCGAAAGUUGAAGCUGUCUUAGCUGAAGUGGAAUACUUGAGGAACGACGUCAGAGGAUUCAUAUAUGGAUUGAAGGAGUUCAUGGAACCUGAAUAUGUCGAAAAACCUCUGGCAUACGUAAUGGACACGGUCUUAAUCAGGCCGGAACCUUACGGAGUCGUCUUGAUUAUAGGCGCUUGGAACUACCCCAUACAACUGAGCUUGGCUCCACUCGCAAGUGCAAUUGCUGCUGGUAACUGCGCUGUAGUGAAACCAUCCGAGGUAGCACCUGCUUCAGCAAAACUCAUCGCAAGAUUGUUACCGAAAUAUUUGGACAACGAAUGUUACUUCGUUUAUAAUGGAGGUGUUCAAGAAACUACCGAACUGCUCAAAAAUAAAUUCGAUUACAUAUUCUACACCGGAUCCACUGAAGUGGGCAAAAUCAUCUACAAAGCAGCCGCACAAAAUCUCACACCAGUUACAUUGGAACUGGGAGGCAAAAGUCCUGUGUACUUAGACGAGUCAGCAGAUAUAGAUGUGGCAGCUGCCAGGAUAAUGUGGGGCAAGUGUUUGAAUGCUGGACAGACGUGCAUCGCUCCAGAUUACGUUCUCUGUACGAGCGCAGUGCAGGAGAAGUUUAUCGAAGCUGCCAAGAAGAAACUCAAGCAAUUUUACGGUGAUAAUAUUCAAAACUCGCCGGAUUACAGUAGAAUUAUUAACAACAAUCACAUGCAACGUAUUUUAAAAUUACUUGAAGGUAAUAUCCUAUUUUACUUCUUUUAUGUUUUUUUCAUUACCUGUAUUUCAGGUCAGAAAAUAGCUGUUGGUGGUGAUCAUGACAUAAAUGAAAGAUAUAUUGAACCUACUAUCGUCACAGAUGUAAAACCAACUGAUCCUAUAAUGCAGAACGAGAUAUUUGGACCCCUUUUACCGAUUUAUAAUGUAAAUAGUGCUGAUGAAGCGAUAGAAUUCAUAAAUUCCAGAGAGAAACCUUUGGCAUUGUAUGUUUUCUCGAGUAAUAAGGAAAUCGUUGAUUUAUUCUUGAACAAUACGUCCAGCGGCAACUUUUUGUCCAACGACACUAUUAUGCAUUUUUCAUGUGAAUCAAUACCUUUUGGUGGUGUUGGGAGCAGUGGAAUAGGUAUGUAUCACGGAAAAUUCGGUUUCGACACAUUUUCCCACAAGAAGGGCACGCUAUUGCGUUCUCUCAAUAAAUUUGGGGAACAAAUGCAAACUCUAAGAUAUCCACCAUAUAACGACAGCAAACUGGAUGCGAUGGUAACUGCAACUAAGACAAGAGCUCCAAUUCCGGGAAAAAAGUACUUGAAAACAGCAUUGAUCUUCAGUUUGGGCAUACUUGUCACAAUUGGUUCUAAUUGGUUGUCUGCUUUGAAUAAUCAGAGAAAACAUUAGUGUUAUAAUUGUUAUUUUAAUUUCUAUUCAGUUGUUUUUAUUUUAAUACAAAAUUUUAAAAAACCUA